AUGCACAUGGAGGAGGCCCACGCUGAAGGGGAGUCGCCCUUCGUGGUGCGCGACGGGGCAAGCGCCAGUACUGGGGUCAGCGCCGAGCAGCAGGAUUUUGCACUGUGCCCCGUCGAUGGCUGCGAGGAGCAUGUCGUCCUCGCCGAACUCGACGAUCACCUUGAGCUGCACAACGCCGAGGAGGAUCUGACACCGAAUCAAGCACCCGUCACAGACACCAGGGCUUCAAGUCGCAGCCGCAGCAAUGAGUAUCGAUCUCCGUACAGCGGCAGCGGGAGCGGCAACAGCACAUCCAAGGAGAACAUGCCGCCCAGGAAGGAUCACGCAGCUGAUCACCAAGCGGAUGAUAUUAACCGGGAGAACGGCACUGUUAACAGAUGGAAGCAAAUCUUGAGCAUGCCUUCGGCGACUAGGAAGCGCCUGGAGGGUGCCACUGCAGCGAAUGGCGUUCCAAAGAAGCGGCUUGGUAAAUCAGAGCUCGGCAGAUAUGCGCACGAAGAUGUUAUGCCAGGAUGGCUUGUCCAAUUGCUCAAAGAAAAGGGCCAGGUCAGUCAGAGUGGCAUGGUGCCAGUGCUUGCACAGAUCCUAGAGCAAAGCAAAACAACCAAGUAUGCAUAUCUGUGUCACCCAGCUGUCAACCACAUCUCCAAACUCAAGAGAGAAGGGGGCUUCUGUGGAUAUAGAAACAUCCAGAUGCUUUCCUCCUACAUUGUGGGAAGGCAGGCGCCCGGGGCAGCCCAGCUCAACGGAAAGAUUCCUACCAUAUUCAAGAUUCAAGAUCUCAUUGAAAAUGCAUGGGAUCGAGGUAUCAAUACGCAGGGACGCAUUGAGACGGGUGGCGUGAGGGGGACACGUAAAUAUAUUGGAACCCCUGAGGCCCAGGCACUCUUCCUGAGCCUCGAUAUUCCCUGCAAUGCUCAAGGCUUCAAGGAUCCACACCCCGGCACCGCAGAAGCACAGAUGCUGAGGCAUGUAGAAGACUACUUCAUGUCCGGAGACUUUGACCCCGAAGCCAAGGUCCGAAAGACAUCGCUGCCUCCAAUCUACUUCCAGCACCGGGGUCAUUCCAUGACCAUCGUAGGUAUCGAAAAGCGCGCUGAUGGGACUCGGGAGCUGCUAGUGUUUGACCCCAUGUUCCACGACUCGGACUCGCUGGUCAAGCACGUCGGUUCCCGUCGCGAGUUCAAGGUCAAAUCGCCCGAUAGCUCGCUCAAGCUAUAUCGGAGAGGUAACAAGUAUCUCAAAAGAUUUCAUGAAUUUGAGUUACUCAAGUUAACUUCAAGGAUUCCUUCUGAUUCGAGGGAACAAGAAGAGACCUUGGCAUCGUGA